AUGCCAAAUCCUUUCGGCGGGCGCUCAGACGGAUCUCCCAGACCACCUGCGCGAGACGGCUACGCAAGGCCUGGCCAGCAAGACACAAGAAUGGGUGGCGGAUAUCCAGAGCCUCCAGCAUACCGCGAUAGUCCUCCGAGGAUGCCAGCGCAACCGCAAUAUCCUUCUGGUGGAGACGGGAGGAGUCUCCAACUGAGACCUGUAAGGUCGCCAGGCGGGAACCAGUUCGCCAUGGCCAACUGGGCGGCAGUCUCCCCUCAGAACUUUCGACCAUCUCGAGACGGCUCAGACAUCUACGUCAUGAUCAACAACAACUUUGUGCUUACUGCACGACCCCAUGAUGGCUGCCCUCAGGGUGAGAUAGGCCUUACAGACGCGCAGCGCACGUGGAUAGGCGUUACCAUCGGCCCGCAAGAGAUAGUACAGGUGCAGCCGUAUGACCCCUUCAGGGCUGGCGAACAGACACUCGGGAGCAUAGAUGCGGAGGUUGGGUUUGCUACGAACAAAAAGACUACCGAUGUACCGUACGACCAGGAUGAACUGGCUAAACAAUUUACUAGGAAUUUUGAGAAUCAGGUCCUAGCUCCGGGGCAGGUGCUUCUUAUGGAUUUCAAAAACGUCCCACUCCGUUGCACAAUCAGAACUAUCAAGAGAGUAGACCUGUCUAUGGAGAAGGCCGAAGCCUCCUCAGCGCCGACUACAUCAGAUCCACGGGCACGUGGUAUACUGAUCCCCCAAACUACCGUGGAUUGGUUCAAAGACAAUAGGACAGAUAUCAAGCUGAAAGCAUCGAACAGAAGGCCAGCCGCAAACUCAAUCAUUCAGCCAGACUUCAAGUUUCAAGACAUGGGCAUCGGUGGCCUGGACAAUGAGUUCAGUGCAAUCUUCCGGAGAGCAUUUGCAUCACGCAUAUUUCCGCCGGGGCUUGUGGACAAGCUUGGCAUUCAACACGUGCGAGGCAUCCUGCUAUACGGGCCGCCGGGAACGGGCAAGACGCUUAUUGCCCGGCAGAUUGGCAAGAUGCUUAAUGCAAGGGAGCCGAAGAUCAUCAAUGGUCCUGAGGUCUUGAACAAGUACGUUGGUCAAUCAGAAGAGAACGUUAGGAAGCUCUUUGCCGAUGCGGAAAAAGAGUACAAGGAGAAAGGUGACGAAAGUGGGCUUCACAUCAUCAUUUUCGACGAACUGGAUGCCGUGUGCAAGCAGAGAGGAUCCGGCGCCGGCGGCGGGACUGGAGUCGGUGACAGUGUCGUCAACCAGCUUCUAUCCAAGCUGGACGGUGUGGAUCAGCUCAACAAUAUCUUGUUGAUAGGAAUGACGAACCGUAUGGACAUGAUAGAUGAAGCCCUGUUGCGACCGGGACGAUUAGAAGUCAAAGUAGAAAUCUCUCUGCCGGACGAGCACGGACGACAGCAGAUUCUGAGUAUUCACACCAACAAGAUGAGAACCAGCGGCGUCAUGGACCGAGAUGUGGAUUUGGCGGAGCUCGCGCGUCUCACAAAGAACUUUUCCGGUGCAGAGAUUAGCGGGUUGGUGAAAGCGGCGUCUUCCUUUGCCUUCAGUCGCCAUGUUAAAGUGGGGACGAUGGCUGGCAUAAAAGAUGAUGUGGAGAACCUCAAGGUGAAUCGCCAGGACUUCUUCAACGCUUUGGACGAGGUCAAGCCGCUCUUCGGUGUCGCAGAAGAGGAACUAUCGUCACGCAUACGGGGAGGUAUCAUCCAUUACUCACCCCUUAUCGACAACAUCUUGGCCGAAGGGCGCCUCUGCGUGACGAAGAUCAAGCAGCCUGUCUCCGAAAACUCGAAUCCUCUACACUCGGCAAUCCUCUUUGGUCCUCGCGGGAGCGGGAAAACAGCCUUGGCUGCGAAGAUAGCGAUUGAUUCAGAGUUCCCCUUCGUGAAGCUUCUCACGGCUGAGGACAUGGUCGGCUUCGCUGAUAUGCAGAAGGUUGCCCACAUUGAUAAGACCUUCCGAGAUGCCUACAAGAGUCCCCUGAGUAUCGUCGUCAUAGACAGCAUCGAGCUGAUAGUGGACUGGAAUCCUAUCGGUCCCCGUUUCUCGAACCCAGUGCUUGCGGCUCUGAAAGUUCUCAUACACAAGCAGCCGCCAAAGAAUCGCCGACUCCUUAUUCUCGCCACUACAAGCAAACGAACAGAGCUCCAGCAGCUCGACAUCUUCGAGGAUUUCGAUGAUGAGAUUGCGGUUCCCAAUGUCAAUACUCAGCAAGAGCUCGCGCACGUCCUGCAGGCAUCUGGGGCUUUCUCGGAGCAAGAUCAACAGCGAACCAUGUAUGAGAUAGCAAGAUACAUGGAAGAUAACCGCAGGACCGAUGUAGGAGUCGGCAUUAAGAAAGUCCUGGACUCUAUAGAGAUUGCGCGGAAAGACCCGGACGUUGCUGGCAGAUUCGCUCAGCGAAUUAUCCAAGCGAUGAUAGCCAGCGGACUGGCUUGA